AGACAACAUGGAAAGUAUGCAACGGUAUGUUUCACCCGUAAAUCCAGCUGUAUUUCCACACCUAGCAACGGUAUUGCUGACAAUUGGUACUUUUUUCACCGCCUGGUUUUUCGUUUUUGUGGUAUCGCGACCAAAGAAUUCUAAGGAGCGUACUCUGUUUAAAGAGCUUUCAAUUAGUCUCUGCGCUUCAAUAUUUCUCGGUUUCGGAGUAGUUUUUCUAAUGCUUUCAGUGGGUAUAUACAUAUAAAUUGUUUUGCGAUUGCUAAAGUGUAUUUUUAAGAUUACCCGAGUUUUUUAAUAAAAUAUACAAAAAUAUUGCUCUUUGUGUAACCAAAA